AGUCAGCUUUCAAGAGUAUUUUUUGCUCGAUACUGAUGGAUCAACAUGUCUUUCUCGAAUGACAUUGCGGCUAAAGGCAGCGCGCGGAUGUCGCAGCCACACGGCAGAACCGCGAAAAAAGAUCCUAGUAGCAAUAUCAGUUCACCAACGACAUUAAGAACUGCAAAGCCCACGGGCAACAAGAUGAGCAGUGCUAGGCUCUCUAACGGAACAGCUGCGGCGCCGCCAACUACACCCGUUCCUACAAAAACGAUUCUCGAAUGCAACGAUGCAGAGAUUCGUUUCGCUGUCGUGUGCGCUAGUGUCCUAGCGGAUUGGCGGAAUGAUAUGAGAAUGGAGUUUGCAUUUUGGCUAUCGCAAUCAAACUCAGCUUAUACCUACCGAGAUCACCCAGGUCCAACGCGUAGCAGUAUAAAGUCUUUGCUUCAAGCUCGAGUAUCGAGACGAGGUUUUUCUGUCAAUGUGCUUCUCAUUUCUUGACGGGACACUAGUCUGCUUCUGAUUUGUAAAUGGUCAAUCUUUCAUCACUACCUGUCAUUCAAUACCGCGGGGACCUGUUUGACGCCAUUUCCGCUGCAGCAUCUGCAGCGCAAGCAGACGAUGCGACCCCUACAAAAGAGGACCUCCUCGACAGGUAUCAGCGUGCGGAAAAGGCGCUAGAGCGAUUUUGUGUUCUCGUAACUGACGAGCGGAGCUCAUGCAAAGACGCUGACGCUUCAGGACGGGCGACUCCUGUACGAAGAGACAUCAAUGCAACUAGUGAUCUUCCACCGGCCGAUGCUGGGCAAAAGGAGGUGAUCUCACUACUGGCAUGUGAAGUAGCUCAAGUAGGUGUAGCAUCCGAACAAACCGCCCAACAUCAACAUGAAGUAGAAAAGAAAGUGAAACAACAAAGCGGACUACCACAACGCGUGGUUGUAAAUAGAACUGAUGUUGUUGCCGAAGCUCGCGCUGAGUUGCUCCAACACUUGGCGAGACUCGGGCUUCUCGAAAAAAUACAGAAAGGAUUACCGCGACCCGAAUUUACAGAGAUGCAAAAGGUCACAUCAUAUCUUUUCAUCGGGCCGUACCAACCACUGCUGAAGCGCGGAGCUGCUUUGGUAGAAAACGGAAUAACUGCUGUUCUCUCCGCGACGAAGCAACCGCCAAAUUAUUUCUUAUGACGAAUCGUUGCACAUGUACUUGCACUUGUACUAUAAGGAAGUGAUUGCUUAUCCUACCGCUGGUGUAGAUCAGUGAAUUUAUGUUCCCUUUUCAUGGUCGCCCCCUUGCGUGAAGCGGCGGCUUUGUUUGCGAGUUUCCGAUCACGUCGCUGAGAGCGCUGUGGACUUCGACAAAGUUGCAGCGUUUGUCAAGCGCGAGCGUGAUGAAUUUGCUUAAGGCUGCUUCCGUAUCACUUAGUUAUGCUGAAGGACGAAUGGAGUGUGAGACAAGAUAGGUCUCGAAAUGCACAAUAAUUUUUUCAAUUGCUUGUUGCAGCAGUUUAGACGCUCUAAGUCACUGGGAGGGUCUUUAUUCAUUGUGGAGCUGGGAUUUCGCGAGCAGCUACGUGUGUCUUGGCAUGCUUAUGCGAGUUGGAGGGAUGGUCGUUACGUCAGAGCUUUCGCUAUCUGAAAAACCUGCGCCCUUGCAUUAAUCCUAAUGCAACAUUUCGGGCACUUUUGUCUCAACGAUAUGAGGAGCAGAGGCGGGAGGCCGGGUAGAGUGUCUGAUUGGCUGGGGCACACAGGAAAACGUUCUCAUUACGUGCUGAGGUACAGGAGUAGGCGCAAAUAGCACAUGCAAUUCUUUAGAUAGACUGACAAGUCUGAUUUAUUCUUUUGGAGCCGACAUCGAUAAUGGGAGCUUUGGUCCUCGUAGGGGAUCCCGUAAGAUUUCGUGGAUAAAUGUGAUAUCGCCCUAGUGUGUCCCAAACCGGUUCAUCGAUUCGCGAAUAAUAGUGGUGCCCUGCCUGAGCAGCUGAUCGAAGCCGGAAGAGCGGCGUAUUUCCAAUAGCAAAUAGGGGCCGGCUAAGUUGUACUUACACUAGUGCGUUUUUGUAUUUCUUUGUUGAAGGAAAUGAG